AUGGCGGUAAUGUCUCCUUCCCUUCUUGCUGGAGCGGCAGCUCUCAUCUUUAUCGGCGUUCUGCUCGUCCGUCUGCGUUCCCCUUUGGCUUCCCUCCCAGGACCUCGUCUAGGUCUUCUAACACCUUGGCAACUGAGAUACCAUGAGCUUCGUGGGAAAAGAACACAAUAUGUUCACCAAAUGCACCAGAAGUACGGAAAUGCAGUCCGUUUAGCCCCAAAUGAGGUUGUCUUCUCAUCACUGGACGCGAUGAAGGAGAUCUAUCUGUCGAAGGGUAGUGGCUUUGAUAAGACAAGUUUCUACAACCUCUUCUCUCAGUUCGGGCUCAGGACAAUGUUCUCAAUGCUGCCAAAAGGCCCACAUAGCCAGAGACGACGGGUAAUCGCUGACCGUUAUGCAAACACCAAUGUCAACCGUGAAGACUCUCUACACGGCAUACAAGAAAGAUCACGAAACUUCAUCACUCGGUGCCAAGAUGCUCCAAAGCAGGAGCUUGACGUUUACAUGUUCCUUCACUGCUACGCGUUCGACUGCGUUACGCAUCAUCUGUUCCAUCCACAUGGCAGUGACUCGAUUCUUCAGACGUCAGACGAAGAAACACUCCAUGAAGCGGUAUUUGACAACAGCCUUGUUCGAAGACUCUUGAACUAUUACCACCCGACCCUUGGUAGCCUCGCAGGCAAGCUAGGCUUGUUCGGAAAAUCGCGCGGUAUUCCUCGAGCUACAGAGCUUGUCCUCAAUGGUGUGAAAAAAGGCGGCGUCGCUGACUUUACACUGGUGAGUCGCAUGCAGGAAGAGAAGUUCGGUAUGGGCAUUUUUGACGUCGCAUCUGAAUGCAUGGAUCACAUGCUUGCUGGGAUUGAAACCACUGGUGAUGCGCUGUGCUUUCUGAUGUGGCAGAUCUCCCAGCCAGGCUAUACCUUCAUCCAGGAGCGCCUGCGAGAUGAGUUCAGAGCCAACCCUGAUGUUUCUUUCGACCAACUUGAGUACCUCGAAGCAGUCGUCAAAGAAGGUCUCAGAGUCUUCCCUUCGAUCCCCAUGAGUCUACCAAGGUGCGUUCCCGAAGGCGGAGCAACUGUGGAUGGCCAUUGGCUACCUGGAGGUACCAUUGUGAGUUGUCAACCAUACUCAAUGCAUCGAAUGGACGAAGAGGUGUUCCCUCGCCCAGAUAGCUUUGAGCCGCAGAGAUGGUUGGAGGAGAAGGGCUCAGCUGAGCGAAACAGACUGUUCUUUGCGUUCUCUAAUGGAGGUCGUGCAUGCAUCGGAAGACAUCUUGCUAUAGUUGAGAUGAAGACACUUUUGCGUGACAUCUAUUCGCGAUAUAGAACAGCCCCUGCGGAUGGCAUGACUUCUGAUAUGGAUGUUGCGUUGACACAGAUUGUUGAAGUAGAAUCUGGAGAACUUCGUAACCCUGCGGGGACUUCCACAGCCCAGUUCACUGGAGCCACUCGCCAAACCAUCGCCAACUCAUUUCAAUCGGCCGCGACCGUAGCAAUGAGCGCUUUGGUUCCAGAAACUCCGAAAUCGUCACCAAGGAAAACCAGGUCUCGAGGAGGAUGCGUUGAGGCUGGGAGCAUCUGCAAAUACGAAGUCACGCUGAAUUGGGGCGGAAGAUCAUUCGUCAAGUCCACCUUCGGAAAGUGUCUUCAUGAUAUCAAAAGAACGGACAACACCUCGACAGGCAAUGGCUUUGUUUACAGCACAACCCAUGCCCAGUCGCCUGGCCUCGAGACAUCGCAGAGGACCACAGCGACGCAGUCAAAUGCCAGCCAUGGACGAACACUUCAGCACUCGACAGAAAGCCAUGUACCGGAGAACACACAGAAUGCACAGGAUGGGAAUGUCACUACCACCAAUGCCUCCUUGAUGUUGAGAAGCGAUUGCAUUCUGGAGAUAUCAUCAACGGUUCACCAACAAGAUACGCUGGCCAGUCCUCUUCAACCGCCACAUGCAACCAUGCCGCGACCUCAACAUCAAAUAUCCUUUCUUCCGCCCAUGGCUCAAUACCUCUUCCAAUUCUACCUCUCCGAAACGAUGAGACUUACAGUCCCCAGCAGCUAUGCCAAAGCAGAGAUCUGUCGAUUCCUCGUCCCAAUGUCGCUCCAAGAGCCGAGCUUACUCUACGCCGUGAUGGCUUUCGCCGCUGUUCACCUUGAUGCCAUCGGUAUGCUGCCCGGAAACUCGCAACGACUUAUCGACAGUCUCCAUUGGGCAAGCAUCAAUCAUCUCCGAAGAUUGUUGGAAGAUGUUGACACCACGUCACAAACCGUGGCGUUGGCUACGACGAGAACACUAUGCCAGGCUCAGAUCUACGGUGGAACAUCGUUAUGGCGUAUCCAUCUCGAUGGUGCGCGUGCUAUCCUCCAGACGUCUCAAACAGGUAACCAAGUGACGAGCAGACCUCAAAUUCCUGUGAACACGGGGUUCCUGGAUAGUUGGUUCCAUAAUGCGGAAGCGCUGGCUUCCUUGAGCCCGGCCGGGCUACUCGGUGGCCAGCUUCUUGUCCACGGCCAGAGUGACUCUGGAGUGUUUCUCGACAUUUACGGUGGCGUCAUGUCCGAUCUUCCCGCACUAUUCAAAGAAGUCGGAGCCCUCUUGGGAAGGAAGCAUAUACGCACCCCAGAACUCGAAUCAGAAACGGGUAAUCUCAUUCAACAAAUCCAUGCGAGGCUUUCUCGCGACAAAGCCGAGAACAUGAACAUCUCAUCGGAUAUUCUCUCGUCUCUCACAGCGAACGAUAUCCAAAACUACGCCCUCAGCAACGCCGGGUUUCUCUACAUGGCACUCUUGCACUUGUACUGUAGUAUGAGAUCUCUGCCGCCCUUCGCCAUCGAAGUCCGCUUCUGCGUUGCUCAAAUCAUUCAGUGCGCUCAUAGAAUGUCUCGUGAGUCCGGACUGUCACCUAGAGUACUGCUAGUCUCCCCCUUGUUCACCGCUGGGCUUUACGCUCUCGGGUCUGCGCGAGAUGAGAUCAGGCAUGAGCUGGCAGACAUCGAAAGAUGGAUGAAGACUCCUCAUCUGUUUAAGACACUAGAGUUAUUGGAAAGAGUUUGGCUUCAACAUCCCGAUGACUCCACACGCACUUGGGAAACGAUUGAAGAUAUCAGCGUUGACUUUCUUCCUUACUAA